AUGUUUUCAAUCUUUAAUUUUAAAAACCAAGUUAAACAAAAUACAUCAACAAAAAAUUUGGACGAGACUGUCGAAACUCAUAGUGAUGAAUCAAAAGCAAAGAAAAUAUGUAACCAUGAACAGAACGAUGAACAUAAUGAUGAUGAUGAAAACAUUCAACUAAAAAAUAAUGUUUUAAAUUUGAAUAUACAGUCUGUUGAUUUGGGUGAUAUUGAUUCGGGCCCAAAGCAACCUAAACUUCAAGGACUUGCUCUAAGAGGUCAUGAUGAAAAGUCAUCAACAGUUUCUAAUACUGGAAAUUUUAAAGAGCUUUGUACAUUAUUUGCAAUGAACGAUAAAGAGUUUUCAGACUUUUUUAACAGAAAAAUUAACUAUACAAGUUGGAUUAUUCAAAAUAGUAUACUUGAAGUUUGUUCAAAUAUGACAAUAAAUACUAUCAUUAGUGAAAUAAAAUACUGUGGAAUGUACUCUAUUAUGUGUGAUGAAGCAAGAUCUUAUAAAACAGAACAAUUAUCAAUAUGUGUUAGAUACAUUAUUCCUAAUAGCUAUAAUGUAUGUGAACGAUUUAUUGGAUUUUAUGAUGUAUCAAAUGGGAGAGGAGCCGAACAUAUUUCUAUUGAAAUUCUCUCUGUUCUAAAAAAAUUUGGCAUUUCUGAUAUUCCUCUUGUGGCACAAACAUACGAUGGUGCAAAUGUUAUGUCAGGAUCCACAUCUGGUGUUCAAACUAGAAUAAGAGACUCUCACCCUGAAGCAAUUUUCAUUCAUUGUAUGGCCCAUAAAUUGAAUUUGGUUGUAACAAAUACUUGUAGAACUAUUAAGGAAUCUAAUACCUUUUUUAAUACUCUAGAAGCAGUUUAUGUGCAUUUUUCACAGCCUGGCAAAGAUAAGCUAUUACAAGAUUUACAGAAAUCCAUGCAAAUAAAAUCAUUAUCGAUUUCUAGAUUAUGUGAAACGCGGUGGUCGUGUCGUCUUAAAAAUUGUAAAGCAGUACAUAAUAGUUUUGGUGUAAUAGUAAAUAUUUUACAAAAUGAAAUAAAUGAAGAUAUAAACAAAGAAGUGGCUCAAGCAAUUGGUCUUCUGCACAUGUUAAAAAAAAUGUCAUUCGUAUUAUGUUUUGUUUUAGUGGUUAAUAUAGGCAAAUAG